CCACAAGCUGGGAUGUGCUGCGUGGAAAAGCGGCACUGAAUGAUUGUUUAGAUGUCUUAGGGGUCAGCACUAUUACGAACCUUUGCGAUGAUAUCCAUUGGACCCGUCUCUAACUCAUCCACACCCCGCUCUUCAGCACAGAAACCAGCGAUGCAACUCCUCACGGCAAUGCUCACUCCCUUCUCUCAUACAAUCAUACCUCCUCAACAUUGAGCCUCUUCUGGGUGGCGUGAUCGAGUCUGAAUAGGGCGUGAAUAUUAUAGCAUCCGUGUGUUUGCGAGGUGUAGUUAUGGAGGGGUUGGUCGAGCUAGGGGUGGGGCCUUUUAUACCUUCAGUCACGUCUGAUAUUGGAGUGUCAUUUUGUCGUAGACUUGUAAUGUUGCAAGGUUGGGUGCAGCCCAAUAACCUUUCGGACGCUAUACUUAGCGCAAUAAAGAGCCAUGGUCUCCCUUUUCUCGAAGCACAAGCCAUCCUAAACCCUGGAGUAGUAAUCGGAACAGGUAAUCGCUUUAUGCGACCUUCAAUGUCACUCCCUUCUUUGCAUUUCAAUCGAGGACCUCCUCACCAUGGACCACCAUCUAUUCGCCAAGGCAGCCGUGGUAGGGUCAAUCACUCGAAGCCCAGGCCUAGGCCUUAUCACGACACCUGGAACGAGGUGGCGUCUAGUGCAGUGUACUCAACACCCAUGUCAUAUCUGGCAACAGCUGUAGCAAUUUCAUGGAUAGCAACUGAAUUUACCAUCGCUGUCGGGCACUUAGGCAAUCUAUUGAUAAUUACAGAUGGAGGACACGAGCGUCGUGCUGACCCAAGGAAAUGAGGUGAAACUAGUAUCAUUACUUCAUUGUUUGUUUGUUCCUUAAUCAUAUAACGAGCAAUGGUU